UGAAUGCUUUGCUACAGGCUCAUGCCAUUUGUAUAUUGUUAGGCCCAGAAGAUAGAGUGGUUUGAUCCAUAGCUCCUACUGUCUUGAAGUGUCGUUGAGCAAAACGCUGAAGUUAAGCGUGAGAAAGUACGACCGCUUGCUUGAAUAUGUACAACUUUCUAAAUGUUUUAAGCAGAGUUAAUAAUUUUUAGUGAAGUUAAAAGACACACAUUGUAAUUGUUUGACCUGCAAUGAAAUACAACAUCUUGAGACUCCUACUCUUCCACCUGCAUGGAGAUAAGAGAAUGUCAAUGAAACAUUUCCCUCCGAAACACAGAAAAAGGAGCAGAUUGGUUGCAAGAAGAACAUAUUGGCUUAUUUUAGAGAACAACACGUUUAAUCAGAGAGGGACAUGCUGGACUCCUUCACGAACUUUGCUCUACUUCUUCCAGGUCUUUAGGCUAAACACAUGAGAAUGUGCUGCCAAAUCCUUUGAGCAUUUUCUUUAAUCGGCUCUUAUGGGUAGUAGGGAAGGUAGGGAGAGAGAGAUCAGCCAUCUGAAUAAAGGAUGCUUUUACAAUCUUUGAGCUCUAGAAGUUUGUAAUAGUUACAACCCCUUUCCUCUCCCCCACAGCCUCAAACACACACAAACACACACACACACACACAAAGUAGGGUCUUUCCUGUUUGAAAUCUAUCCAGAAAUGGGAUAGUCUGUGAUUUGAAAUGCUCCAUUUCUCAGCAUCCAGACACUCUGUCCCCCCCACACAAUCAUGUGCUUAUAGCAGAUUAUGUUUAGGGCCUCUAAAACCCCAAAUUCUUGCUUCGCUAAAUAAUUUCUGGUUGAAUUGAACCUCAGUUGUCAAAGGCAUUUGGAACUCGUGGAUCUAUUCAUAAACACCUUGCCUGUUGACUUCAGCAAGCUGGUCUCGGAGACUGGGAAGUGAAAUAUGUUCGAGUUAAUGUGCUCAUCAAGGUCACUUUUCUUGAACAUGUCAAUGUUUUAAAUGUGAGACAACCUUUUCUUCUCUUGUUUUUGCUGAGUAUGUUGUUGCUCACAAGCAACUCCGUUCUCAUGGGAAGAGAAACUCAAGUCUAUUUGAUUGAUGCUGCAGAUAAAAUUCCUGCUAUAAAUAUAUAUCAGUGUUCAGCAGCAUGCAGAUAUGGCUCAUUAGCUCAGGAAGGAUGAACUUCUCAUGAUGUAAACAGGCUUUGACUACUGAACAUACCAGGGUACACAGUUAACUUCAGGUGCAUAGUAGUGGAAGAAGUAUUGAUAUUUAAUUAGGUAAAUAUAAUACAAAGUAGCAAUGAAAAUCCAUCUGAAAUGCAAUAAAGUAAAAAAGUAACAUGGAAAUACAUGGAAAUGCUCAAGUUAAGUACAAGUACCUCACAAUUGUACUUAAACAUGAGUUUGUCUCACUCCAUAUUGCUCUUGUGUAUGAGUUAACAAUAAUGGCGUCCAUCACUUUAACUCUGCUCAGCAUCAGUUGAUGUAUUCCGUUUUAUCUUCUACGUUUAUUCUGUUUGUUAUUAUCUUCUGCAAUAUCACAGUUCACUGACAGGAAUCAAUAACGUUGUGUGUUAUUUAUUUUUCAGCAUCUUCUUGUCAGCUUUUGACAACAACUGUACAUUCUAUAAUAACUUUGUGUCUUGAAGAGCGAGCUUUUGAUGAGAGGUCUUCCACAAUGAGAGACCGCUUGGAGGAGCUGCACCUGAGGGCUCAAGAAUUUUCUAAGGCAGAUCGUGAGACCAUCAAGCCUUCCUCAGUGGGAAGAGACAAUGACGACUCUGUAUCGCAAACGGCUGUGGUGUUUGAGGAAGAGCCCAUCAUCGAGAACUUCCUGUCUGAGGUUCAGCAAAUCAGAGAUGAUACCACCAUGCUCGACACAGAGGUCCUUAAGUUUGGCCAGCAGCAAAAGACGUUGGUGGCAACCAUGCGUCGGUUCAGCGUGAUGAAGAAGGAGAGCAGUAUAACUCGGGACAUCAAGCUCAAGGCUGAAAGCCUCCAUCGACGCUUAGACGCGCUUUCCAAACAGGUUCAAAAAACUGAGGACCAGCACGGACUUUCGUCUGUGACAGCGAGAAUUCAGCGAUGCCAGCAUGCAGCGCUUCACAGCAAAUUCCAGCAGGUAAUGCUGCAGUAUAAUGAAAGCCUGCUGACCAAGCAGGAGUGCUGUACGCAUUUCAUUUUCCGGCAGCUGGAGGUAUCUGGAAGGGAUAUGACGGAGGAUGAGGUCAAUGAAAUGGUGGCCUCGGGAAAAUGGGAAGUCUUCAACGAGAACUUGCUGAACGAUGCCAGAAUCACACGGUCACAACUAUCUGAGAUUGAACAACGACAUAAGGAGCUGUUGAGUCUGGAGAACAAUAUGAAGGAGCUCAGGGACCUGUUCAUGGACAUUUUCAUGUUGGUGGAGGAACAAGGGGCCUCGAUUGAGCACAUCCAGACCAAUGUAGAAAGGACACAGGAUUAUGUGGCUGUAUCUAAUGAGAAGUUCAAGAUGGCCGCCAGGUACAAGAAGAAGAACCCACUUCGACAGCUGUGCUGCUGCUGCUGCCCACCGUGGAGGUGCUGUCUAUAAAACGUGCAUUUCUUUUUUAACUCAACGAUCAUUUAGAAUAACAUUUUCAUUUCAAAAAGUCUCACUUAACUUUUGUGAGGGAGCAACGUUGGAUUCAAGUACCAAUAAAGUGAAGGUUAUGGCACUUUGUUUUUUUGCUGUUGAACAGAGCGAAGGUGAAGACAGAUUCGGCAGAGCAUAGAAAACAAUUAGGGGGAAAAGCCAGAAUUGGUAUUUGAGGCACUUGUUUCUUUCGAAAGGAUGUGAGUCGACUGCUGUUGUAAGAGACAGUUCAGUGAGUGCUACUCACAAACACUGCUGCUUAUUGAAGACCUUCACUGUCAUCUGACAGAGGUCACAAACAAGGGGAAACCACUUCCUCUGCUAGAUCAGCAACACAGAUUUAUUUCUAUUUUUUCCCACGGAGCUCUAUUUAAUGACUUUUUUUUAUACAAUACAUGCACUUUAA